AUGGUGCCAGAAAUCUCAAUUAUUGCCAGGGCUGGGUGGGGAAGAAGAGCGUCCAGGCAAAGAGCUUCUGCGGCGUGCACAAAAGUGGGUGCUAUGCCCCAUCUUUACGAGGGUGGGGAAGAAGAGCGUCCAGACAAAGAGCUUCUGCGGCGUGCAUGUCACUUUUCUAUUGGGUUCUUUGAUGCUACUGAUUCCAAAAGAGGAUCAGCGGAACAACAGGUUCAAGCAAUUAUAAAUGCUUCAAGCCAGAUGAAUAUAAUUCAGAAUAGAUUUAUUGAUAAGAGUAAGAAACGCAAAUAUGAUUUGCAACCUGAUAAAUUGAGACCAAGCAAUUCUUUUAAUUUAAUGUUCCGAAAUAUAAAUGAUCAUAAUAAUGAAUUACACACUCACAUCAUAUUUUAUGAGGGAAGGGAAUUCGCAAUAGAAAUAAUAAUGAUAAAACCCUUAACCUCGUUCCACCAGGACCAUUCCACCGGAGAACGCUGCAUCUCAAGAUAA